AGAGCAAAAAGAUAUUUUUUUUUUCCUUCCCCACAUUGACAGAAUUUCACCUUUCCAAAACUGGGACAUAUACAAGAGAUUUUUUCCCCUAGCCUUUUGUUGGCAGAUCACUGGGAGCUUAUCUGUGUUAUUUGAUGAAAUAACAAAUGAUCUUUGUUUUCCCCCUUUCUUCUUCAGCUGACCUGAAUAAUGUCAGGUUCUCGGCUUAUAGGACUGCCAUGAAACUCCGAAGACUGCAGAAGGCCCUUUGCUUGGAUCUUUUGAGCCUGUCAGCCGCAUGUGAUGCCUUGGACCAGCACAACCUCAAGCAAAACGACCAGCCCAUGGACAUCCUGCAGAUCAUUAACUGUUUGACCACUAUUUAUGACCGCCUGGAGCAAGAGCACAACAAUCUGGUCAACGUCCCUCUCUGCGUGGAUAUGUGUCUCAAUUGGCUGUUGAAUGUUUAUGAUACGGGACGAACAGGGAGGAUCCGGGUCCUGUCUUUUAAAACUGGCAUCAUUUCUCUGUGUAAAGCGCAUUUGGAAGACAAGUACAGAUACCUUUUCAAGCAAGUGGCCAGUUCAACAGGAUUUUGUGACCAGCGUAGACUGGGCCUCCUUCUACAUGACUCUAUUCAAAUCCCAAGACAGUUGGGUGAAGUUGCAUCCUUUGGGGGCAGUAACAUUGAGCCAAGCGUCAGGAGCUGCUUCCAAUUUGCUAAUAAUAAGCCUGAGAUCGAAGCGGCACUCUUCCUCGAUUGGAUGAGACUAGAACCCCAGUCCAUGGUGUGGCUGCCCGUCCUGCACAGAGUGGCUGCCGCAGAGACUGCCAAGCAUCAGGCCAAGUGUAACAUCUGCAAGGAGUGUCCGAUCAUCGGCUUCAGGUACAGGAGUCUAAAGCACUUUAAUUAUGACAUCUGCCAAAGCUGCUUUUUCUCUGGCCGUGUUGCAAAAGGCCAUAAAAUGCACUAUCCCAUGGUGGAAUAUUGCACUCCGACUACAUCGGGAGAAGAUGUUCGAGACUUUGCCAAGGUACUAAAAAACAAAUUUCGCACCAAAAGGUAUUUUGCGAAGCAUCCCCGAAUGGGCUACCUGCCAGUGCAGACGGUCUUAGAGGGGGACAACAUGGAAACUCCUGUUACUCUGAUCAACUUCUGGCCGGUAGACUCUGCGCCUGCCUCGUCCCCUCAGCUUUCACACGAUGAUACUCAUUCACGCAUUGAACAUUAUGCUAGCAGGCUAGCAGAAAUGGAAAACAGCAGUGGAUCUUAUCUAAAUGAUAGCAUCUCUCCUAAUGAGAGCAUAGAUGAUGAACAUUUGUUAAUCCAGCAUUACUGCCAAAGUUUGAACCAGGACUCCCCCCUGAGCCAGCCUCGUAGUCCUGCCCAGAUCUUGAUUUCCUUAGAGAGUGAGGAAAGAGGGGAGCUAGAGAGAAUCCUAGCAGAUCUUGAGGAAGAAAACAGGAAUCUGCAGGCAGAAUAUGAUCGUCUCAAGGAACAGCAUGAACAUAAAGGCCUGUCCCCACUGCCGUCCCCUCCUGAGAUGAUGCCCACCUCGCCACAGAGUCCCCGGGAUGCUGAGCUCAUUGCUGAGGCCAAGCUACUGCGUCAACACAAAGGCCGCCUGGAAGCCAGGAUGCAAAUCCUGGAAGACCACAAUAAACAGCUGGAGUCCCAGUUACACAGGCUCAGGCAGCUGCUGGAGCAACCCCAGGCCGAGGCCAAGGUGAAUGGCACAACGGUGUCCUCUCCUUCUACCUCUCUCCAGAGGUCAGACAGCAGCCAGCCUAUGCUGCUCCGGGUGGUUGGCAGUCAAACUUCAGAAUCCAUGGGCGAGGAAGACCUUCUCAGUCCUCCCCAGGACUCAAGCACAGGGUUAGAGGAAGUGAUGGAGCAACUCAACAACUCCUUCCCUAGUUCAAGAGGAAGAAAUACCCCUGGGAAGCCAAUGAGAGAGGACACAAUGUAGGAAGCCUUUUCCACUUGGCAGAUGAUUUGGGCAGAGCGAUGGAGUCCUUAGUUUCAGUUAUGACAGAUGAAGAAGGGGCAGAAUAAAUGUUUUACAACUCCUGAUUCCCGCAUGGUUUUUAUAAUAUUCAUACAACCAAGAGGAUUAGACAGUAAGAGUUUACAAGAAAAAAAAUCUAUAUUUUUGUGAAGGGUAGUGGUACUAUACUGUAGAUUUCAGUAGUUUCUAAGUCUGUUAUUGUUUUGUUAACAAUGGCAGGUUUUACACGUCUAUGCAAUUGUACAAAAAGUUAUAAGAAAACUACAUGUAAAAUCUUGAUAGCUAAAUAACUUGCCAUUUCUUUAUAUGGAACGCAUUUUGGGUUGUUUAAAAAUUUAUAACAGUUAUAAAGAAAGAUUGUAAACUAAUGUGUGCUUUAUAAAAAAAAAGUUGUUUAUAAAAACCCCUAAAAACAAACACAUACCUACAUACACACACACACACACACACACACACAGACAAACACACAAACACAAACUGAGGCAGCGCAUUGUUUUGCAUCCUUUUAGCGUGGUAUCCAUAUGAAAUUCAUGGAUUUUUUUUUCUUUUCUUGCAUAUUAAAGAUAGGACUUCCUCUAAGACCACCAAAUGACUACUUCACAUAGCUCUGUUUGGAAUUGUUGACUGAGUGGGACUGGCCAUGGGUUUUCAUUUUACACAUCUAUAUGUCUAUCAGUAUGUAAGCACUGUAGGUAUAUAGGUAAAUAUAAAUUUCAAGAGACAUUUAAAAUUUCUCGUUCAACUGUUCUUGCCACUUCCUGAUGGAAAGAAAUUGCUUCUCAUCAUCCAGGCUCACCUGCUUGGUCUAGAAUGAAUCCUCCCUGGAACCUGAAGCCAGAAGGAAACUACCACACUAAAACAGUCUAGAGUUCCAGAUGUUUCUCAUUUUGAACUUUCCACUGACAACUAGAGUAUUGAAUUUUUUUAAGGGACAUAUGAAUGAAUACACAGGACUUACUAUGUCAGAGUAAUCCACUGGUUGAUACAUUCAGCUUCCUGCUGCUGACAGUGCCAGGGUUUAGAGUUAGUGAUGCUUUGACAAAAGAGCAUCUGAAGGCAUUUUUAACAACCAGGCAGGAGGGUUGUAGAUUCCCUCAGAGAGAGCAGACCACUCUUCAUGUAAAGGAUUGGAUGACUGUCCAUAACCUUACAGAGAGAGCUUUAUAAUUACAACGCAGUUAUUUUCUCACAGUGAAACAGCAGUGGGUGUCUUGGUUUUCCAGUUUUGUAAGAUUUUUUUUCCCAUUUCAGUGAGUUUGUAAAUGCCACAAGACUUAAUUUAAAAUAACCCUUGUGAAAAUGUGGAAGACAGUUGCCCCAUCACAUUAUGACACUGUUAAAUAUCCACCCAGACGCCCAGGACCCCUGCGUCCCUGUUAGCAUUUCUCUAUAAGUAACUCCAGGAGGUUUGUUGAUUGGGAACGCAAAUGGAUUCAAACGUUCCAAGAGGUACUCCAACCCCCUUUUUGGUGGAUUAGGCAGGUUAAAUAUAUAUAAGUAAACAAAUCAUUCAAAAAGAGGAGUACAGGCAAGAGGACUAACUGGUAGGAAAAAAGCUUUACUCUUUCGUCUUAUUAGUCUUUCACUUUUUUUAUCAUCCAUUCAAUAGAAAUCACCCUGUGAUCUUAUCAUUUUGCAAAUCUGUUACCUCUUACAUCAAGUGUAAUUAACUUUUGGAGAGUGGGUUUUGUUCCUUAUUUUACUAAUGAUAAUUAACAUCAAACAUGGCUUCUCAUGCUAUUUCUACCUCACUUUGGUUUUGGGGUGUUCCUAAUAAUUGUGCACACCUGAUUUCACAGCUUCACCACCUGUCCAUUGUGUGAACAUUUUCCUCCAUUUUCUUUUUACUUUAUAAUUUCCAAAAGAAAACCCAAAGCUCUAAGGUAACAAAUGACAUGAAGAUUUGAUUUUAAUCUUAGCAUUUUUUUUUCCUUUAUGUGACGCUGGACUUUUUCUUUACCUGAGGUUUUGUGUUUUUUUUUUUUUUUUUUUAACCAUGAUUUAAAACAAGGGGUUACUUUACUUCCUACUAAGAAGUUUAAGUUUCAUUCUAAAAUCAGAGGUAAAUAGAGUGCUUGAUUUUGUUUUAAUCUUUUUUUUUUUAUCUUUUAGACAUUAGUUCUGGAGUGAGUCUCAAAAUAUUUGAAUAAAAACUGAGAGCUUUAUUGCUACAUUUUACACAUUAAUUUGGAUAUUAUUUCAUGUUCCUUAUAACCACCGAGUAGUAAACUGUAAGUCAUAAUGUAACUGAAACAUAAACAUCACAUGGCAUGUUAUGUCAUUGUUUUCAGGUACUGGGUUCUUACUUGCGUAUCGUAAUAUAUUGUGUUUUAACACCAACACUGUAACAUUUACUAAUUAUUUUUUUAAAACUUCAGUUUUACUGCAUUUUCACAACAUAUCAGACUUCACCAAAUAUAUGCCUUACUAUUGUAUUAUAUUACUGCUUUACUGUGUAUUCUCAAUAAAGCACGCAGUUAUGUUACAAAAAAAA